AUGUCGUCAAUUUUCCCAGCAUUUUCGGCCUUCAAAUUUUUCGUAAGUUUUUUCAGGGUUUCUGAUUUUUUCAUGAAUUUUUGAGUUUUCAAAGAACUUUUUGGGGGAUUUUUCAAAUUUUUCCUCUCGUAAAAAAAUCGAUAAAUUUUGUCCCGCACACACGAAAAAAAUCGUAAUAAGAACGGGUUUGCGCGAAAAAAGAGAAAAAUCUUGACUUUUCCUCUGUCUCAUCACCCUGUACACUCUCUUCGUUUCGCACACUAUUUCCACCUAGUUUUUGUCAAAUGUUUCGGACUGUUAGUAGAAACACAACAAACAACAAGAAAGACACACUUUAACCUCUUCUUCUUUUUUUGCGGCGUUUUUCAUUUUUGUACACGAACUUUUUUUUGUAUUGAUUGAGGCGGGAGUGAAAAUUUUGAAUUAGAAUUUUUUCUGAAUUUUCUAGAAAUUUUAAAAACAAUUUUUUGACACGUGGAUUUCAUUUUCGUGCUAAAUUUUUUACUGUUUCAAAAUUUGAAUAUACAAUUUUUGAUCAGAAAAUCUAGGAUAUGCUACCACUCAAAACUACAAAAAUUUACAAAAACACUUUUUUUUCACUGUUUCAAAAUUUAUUCAAGAAUUUUUGAAUUUUGAAAAUUUUCAGUUCCAAAUUUCAGGAUUAUAUUUUUGAAGAACAGACUUUUUCAUUGUUCAAUUUUCUCACUGUUUCAAAAUUCUGACAUAAAAUUUUUGAAUGAAAAAUCCAGGAUCCUUGACAUCUGUUUCUUGAAAAAUUUAAAAAAUAAUUAUUUUUCACUGUUUCAAAAUUUAUUCAAGAAUUUUUGAAUUUUCAAAAUUUUCCGUUGGAAGAAGUUGUUUCACAAAUUCAUAAUUAUAUUUUUGAAGAACUAAAAUUUCAUUAUUCAAUUUUUUCACUGUUUCAAAAUUCUGACCUAAAAUUUUUGACUGAAAAAUCCAGGAUUCUUCAUUUUCAUCCGAUUCUUGAAAAAUUUCAAAAACUAAUUAUUUUUCACUGUUUCAAAAUUUAUUUAUGAGUUUUUGAAAACUUUCCGUUUAUUUUUGAAAUUUAAAAGGUUGUGAAUUUUUAGUUUUCUGAAAAGGUUUGAAAAUUUCCACUGUUUCAAAAUAUGCUUAUAAACUGUUUCUUCGAAAAUUCUAGGAUAGUACCAGGCCUUUUGUUCUAUUUCUUCAAAAAAUUCAAAAAUAAUUAUUUUUCACUGUUUCAAAAUUUAUUCAAGAAUUUUUGAAUGUUGAAAAUUUUCAGUGCUGAUUUUCUCAAUUUAUUUUUCAAAUUGAGUUUAGUUUGGUCGGUAAACAGAGCAAAAAAACUGUUUUUUUGAACAGUUUUUUUUGUUCAAAUUUACAAAUCAGAUUUAUAAAAAAAUUUCCGAGAAAAAACGUUCUCAUUGGUAUUUUUUUUUGCGCAAAAAUAUUUUGGUACUUUGAUCUACAUACAACCCACGCAGGGCUUUUAGGCUAAGAGGAGGGGGCUCAAAAUGUUGCUGGCGCGUUUCUGGAAGCUACUAGAUUGUGCUGACGCUUUUUUUGCAAGUGAAAAAUCACUUUUGUUAAGUGAACCCAUUAUUUUCCAAUUUUUUUUCUCUCAAUAAAAAAUCGCCAUUUUAAAAACACAUGUUUACAUUUCAUACCCAAACAAAAAAAAUUUUUGUUUUUUUCAAUUUUUAUUUUAUUUUUUUAAAGAAAGGUGCACUUUUCCUUUCUGAUAACAAUAAAAUCAGAUCAAAAUUUCCAUUUUUUCUCCCAAUUUUUCGAUUUUUUUCAUUUUCAUUCAUUCAAAGAAAUAUUAUACAAAAUUUGAAUCAUAAUACGUGUGGGAAAAUGUUGAACUUUUUUUGUGCAAUUUUUUUUGGGACACACAAAAAUCGGGGCAAAAAAUCAGUGAUAAGAGAGUAUUCUCAACGUCAUUUUAUCAUUUUUUUGUGUGGCUGUUGGGCAGCAAAAUUUGAAAAAUAAACCGGAAAAUUUGAGAGUUCCGGGUUACUGUAGGCUUCUAGAGAUUUAGGAUUACUGUAUAUUUUGAGACCUAAAUUGUAUUCAAUUUGAAAAGGUACUGUAGAUUACUGUAGGCUUCAGGACCUACAUUUUGAAGCUAAAAUUGUACGAGUACUGUAGAAUACUGUAGCUCUAAGGGUUCUGAGACAUUUUUCAGGAGGUUCUGUAGAUUACCAACUACAGUACUUCUGGAUUACUGUAAUUUUUCUUCCCAUUUUCAAAAUUGAACAUAAAUUAUUUUUCCAUCCCCAUUAAUUGGGAAAAAAAUUAAUAUUCAUUUUGUUUUUGAAAUCCUCAUUUAUCAUUUUUUUCACUGUUUCAAAAAAUGAGAAAUGCGAAAAAAUUCACUGUUUCAAAAUUUGGAUAGAUAAAAUUUGGUUUAGAUCGAGGAAUGAGUCGAAUGUUUUUUCGAACAAAAAAAAAUUCAAAAAUUUUUUCACUGUUUCAAAAUUUGGAUAUAUAAAUUCGAUUUUUGAAGGGAUUUUGUUUGUCUAUCCUGUUAAUUUGGAAAAUUCAGAAAUUACACGUGGCAAAUUCGUCAUUGAAAGUUAAGCUAAAUCCUCGAGAAUAUACUUGAAAUCCGAUCUCCCACGCGAGAAAAUUCACUGUUUCAAAAUUUGGAUGUAUAAAUUUUAAUUUAGAGAUGGUUUUGAUAAUUCAAAUGGUUUCCCGCGAAAAAAAAUUCAAAAAAAAUUUUUCUCCACAAAAAAGUUCACUGUUUCAAAAUUUUGGGAUAUAAACUUUGAUUUAGAAUGAGAUUCAAUGAGUCGAAUGUUUUUUCCAACAAAAAAAAUUCAAAAAAUUUUUUCACUGUUUCAAAAUUUGGGUAUAUAAAAUCGAUUUUGAAGAGUUUUGAUCUUUAGUUGAUUUUUUGAUUCAGAAAAUCCUAUAGCCCUUGAAAACUACACGUGGAAAAUUUGUCCGGAAAAGUUAGGCUAAAUCCUCGAAAAUAUAGGUAUUUCAAAUCUGAUCUCCCGCGCGAAAAAAAUUCACUGUUUCAAAAUUUGGAUAAAUAAAUUUUGUUUUGAACGGGAUUUAAUGAUUCAAGUGGGUAUAUCAGUUUUCCCGCCAAGAAAAAAUUCAAAAAAAAUUUCCCGCCAUUUUCUCUCUUCCUCUCUCUAAUCCCUCUCCUCCCUCUUGUUUCCAUGCUUUUUAUUUUUCCACCCAUUUUUAAUACACUCUUCCUCUUUCUUCUCCUCCUUGGUCUACAGUACUUUUUGGCUGUGACCAUCUGUCUUUUUUUUGGCGGGGGGCCAUCUGCAUUUUUUCACUUAACCACCAUCAAAUAAUACACCCAGCCACUAUUUUAUUAUAUGCAUGGUGUAUUUAUUUUUGUAUGGAGUUUUAGUUAGGCUAAGUCUUGGAAGUUUUUUGUGGGGUUUUCUGAAGAAAAUUUAGCUUUUAGUGGGAUAUUUUUGAAUUUUCUAAAUAUUUUAAAGAUUUUUGAGUUUUGCUAAAUUCUAGAAAUUUUCUGUGAAUUUCUGAAAGCCUUCAGGAUUCCCAAAUAGUGUUUGAAAAUAAUUUUUUGCUGGAUUUCUUGAGUUAGGCUAACUACUAGGUCUAGGCUUCUAAAAACCAUUUUUUUGCACCCUGCUGUUUUUUGGGUGGUCUUGGUGUAUUUGUUUUUGGGAUUUAUUUGUGGUGUUGUGUUUUUUCUGUAUGUUGGAUGACUUUUUUGGUGGUUGGAUUUUUUUCUCUUAUAAAAAUUCACUGUUUCAAGUAAAUACAUAAGGUUUUGGAAAUUUUCUAGCUUUGCUCAAUAGUUGUCUCCGGAGGUUUGUAGAAAAAAUUCACUGUUUCCAAAAAUUUGGAAAUUCACGCGGUUUUUGAGUUUCUGAUGGUCAGUCAUAUUCUCGUUCAAAAAAAUUCGCUGUUUCAAGAAAUUCAUAUAUUUUUAUCUGUAUUUAUUCUAGGUUCAGUCAGAGUUGAAUUGGGUGAUUCUAAAAUCCAGAUUUUGUUUCAUAAAAAAUUCACUGUUUCAAGGAAAUUCCAAAUUUUUUCGAAAUUUUCUAGCUCUGCUAAUUGUUGUUAUCUGAAGCUUGUAGAAAAAAUUCACUGUUUCAAGAAAUUCAUAUAUUUUUAUAUGUAUUUAUUCUGGGUUCAGUCAGAGUUGAAUUGGGUGAUUCUAAAAUCCAGAUUUUGUCUCAGAAAAAUUCAUUGUUUCAAGAGAUUCAUAUAAUUUCUGUAUUUUCUCGAGCUUUGAUCAGAGUUUUUAUUUUUCACCUUGAAAAUUUUUCUAACCAGAAAAAAAUUCACUGUUUCAAAAAAUGUAUUUAUUUGCAGAGGUUUUCAGAAACUUCAAUAAGGAUCCAUAGUUUUCAAACUAAAAAACUCACUGUUUCAAAAAAUUCAUAUAUUUUUCUGUAUUUUCUAGAGCUUUGAUUUCUUCCAAAAUUGAAAAUUUUUUCCAAAUCAAAAAAUUUACUGUUUCAAAAAAUUCACUAAUUUUAAUACUUGUUUCUGAAUUUCUACUUCGUAUCAAAAUUCCAGAUUUUUUCCAAAUCUAAAUUUUUACUGUUUCAAAAAAUUCACAAAUUCUCGUUCCUUUUCUUCAACAUGUUGACAAUCUCUCAAUAUUUCCUGUCCAUUUUCUGUGUUACCACAAAACUUGUACCAUAAUCCAAUUAAUUAUCUUAUGUUAGACAGGAAGAACAAUAAAAAUGUAUAAUUGAAGGUCAUCCUUAAUUUUAGGAUUUCCCGUAUUUCGGGUAAACAUUUUGCAAAUUUUCAUUGCUCUAAACUCCCAAAUUUUUAUCAUUUUUCCCCAAUUUUCCCCCCAAAAAACAUGAAAACAUGAACAAAUUUUCUCAAUUUUUCCCCUUAUCACCUAUCUCUUCUCACUCAUGUCAAGCAGAAAAUAAUUAUGUAUCGAUUGAUUUUGUUCUUCUUCUUCUUUGCCUGCUGUUUCGAAAUCGACAGAACAGAACAAAACAAAAAAGAAAAAAGAAAAUCAUCUUUUUUUUCUUCCACCACUUAUCCACUUUUUCCAUCUUUUUUUUCUGCGAAACGAAACAAAAUUUGCGAUUUUUGGGUCAUUUUUGACGGGAAAAUUGGGAUUAUGGGGUCCUGGGGCGAUUUCUUGGGGGCUAGAGGAUUUGACGUGAAUUUUUGGCCCCUAAAUGGCCCUGGAGCGCUUUUUCAAGAGCCUAGAGGUUUUUUCCGGGAAAAAUACGUUUCAAAAAUGUUUUAUGAAAUUUUGAAAAUGAUUUUCGAAUCACUUCGAGGCAAAAAUCUGAAACAGCAAUUUUUAUUGGCAUCCACGUGGCAAUUCAAAAUUUUGACGCUAAUUUUUUUUCGAUUUAACCAUUUUUGUCAAUCAAUUUUUUGAAAACCUUUGAAAUUUUAUGUGAAAUUUUUGAAACAGUGAAAUUUUCAGAACAAAAAUUUUAAUUUUUCGAAAUGUUUUUUAUUUGUAAUUGUAAUAUUAUGAAACAUAUCAAAAUCUUUUCAAAAAUUUUUUGAAACAGUGAAAUUUUUCAGAACAAAAAUUUGAAUUUUUGGGGUUUAAAAAAGACAUUUGAUUGAUCAGUUUUUCAAAAAACUUUCAAAAAAUUCAUGAAAUUUUUGAAACAGUGAAAUUUUUUUGAACAAAAAUUUGAAUUUUUGGGAUUUCAAAAAAGAAUUUGAUUAAUCAGUUUUUCAAAAAACCUUCAAAAUAUUCAUGAAAUUUUUGAAACAGUGAAAUUUUUCAAAACAAAAAUUUGAAUUUUUUAAAGAUUUUUUGCCACUUGUCUGCUGAGAAUUUGACCAUCCCUCUCCCUUUUUUCCACCAAAAAAAUCAAAUUCAAAUUUUUUGUGUGUUUUGAUUGACACCUAAUUAACUUGUUGUUUGGGUGGUCCUUGUCACUUGUCAUUCAACCAAAAAAUGUCACUUUUCAUUGGGAACCACCCCAAAAAAUGAAAAUCACAGUUAGUUAGGCUUAGGGCUUAGUCAUCCUUCCUUACAACAUCAAAAAAUUUGAGGCUAGAGAGUGUGGAUUUUGGAGAGACGCAGCAGAGAAACACAUCUUCGAUUAUCGCCCGAUUUUUUCCAUCUUUUUUUCCCAUUUUCUUCCUAUCUCUAUCUGUAGAUGGACAAAAAUCCUGUAUUUUAUUGAUUUUUUCUUGAUGUUCAUUAAUUUGUGUUAAUUAGUGCAGUUUUUUUUUGCCAAAAGGGAAGUACUGUAGAUUUUUUGAUCUACCAAAAUUUUGAAACGUAUUUUUACUGGCGUGAAUUUUCUAGUCUAUCAAAAAUGUGCCAGCAAUCAAGAUUGACGCAUUUCUGAUGGAUCAAAAAGUUUUUCAAGAUUUUCUUAAUCCACAAAAAACGCGUCAGCACUCCUCCUUGACGCAUUUCCCGUAGCCUGACGAAAAAAUAAUCAAAAUUUCCUUAUCAUUCAAAAAAUCACCCAAAUAUUACACAAAAAUUUUUUGUUCAACCGUUCCGCGAAAAUUUUGUCGAAUUUUUUUUCCAAAAAAAAAAACAUUUUUUUGUUGUGUUUUUUCUUUUUUUUCUUUCUGUUGUAACAAAACAAAACAAAAAUUGUUCCAUCUGAUUUUUUUCUUGGCAACACAAAAAAAUUGGAAAUGAUUUUGAUUUUUUCUGUGUGCGCCUGAGUCAUCGAUCGAUUUUUGCCAGUUUUUAUCACAAUUUUUUUGGUUUUCCGAAUUUUCUGUGGAUUUUCUGAGCUACAAAAAAUGCGUCAACAAUCCUUGACUCAUUUCUAGUAGAUCAAACAUACUUUUUUUGGCCCAGCAAUUCUCCUUGACGCAAAUUUUGUAGCUUGACGCAUUUCGAUCCAUUUUUUUCUGCGAAAAAAAAAGAGGGUUUCAAAAAAUUUUUAUCGAGAUUUUUCGAAUCUCAGGAGCUUUUUCAACAAAAAAAAGGCGGAGCUCGCAAAAAAAGUAAAAAAGAUUGCAAUUUUAGAUUUCGAAAAAAAAACGAAAAUUUUGGAACACUUCUUUUUUUGCUCGAACCUGAGAUACCGUAGUUUUUUUCGGGGAAAAAUCAGAGUUCUUUUUUUGAAUUUUUGAGUGAAUAAUUCUACAGUAAUCCAGGGUUACUGUAGCUGCCACGUGGCAAAAUUUUAGUGCUACAGAAGCUUCUCAAGAAGGCAUUUUUUGUCUGGGUUACUGUAGCUUCAAAAAUGUAGAUCACUCUGUAUUCCAGAGUCAAAAUGUAGAUCAAAAGGUUCCAAAUUUCUGGUUGAUCAAAACUACUGUAUUUUUCUUCCUCUUCUCUCUAUUUUUUUCUGAAAAUCCUAAAAUUUUUCUGAAAUUCAAAUUUUUAUUUUUUCCAGAUGUCCGAAGAUGUGGCAAAUCCCCUUCCGGCUCUUUUGAGCUCAGCCAACGGCACGCCAUUUCGAGAUUUCAAAAAAGAGUGGGCGGCGAUGAGCGGAGCGGCGGCCAGUCAAAUUCUAGCCGCUUCUUCCGGAGGCGGACAAAUGAUGACUGUAAGUUUACUGUAGGGGUACUGUAGGGGGAUUUUUCUUGAAGUUACUGCAGCCCGGAAAAUUGUGCCAUUUUUGAUCUAGAAAAAAAUUUUAAGGCUUUAAUUUUAGGCUUCGAAAUCCAGGCCUAACCUCAGGGCUCCCCAGAAAACCUCAUUUUUUUCCAGCUCUCUCCACCAGCUGGCGACGGAGCCGGAUCGAAUUCCUCAACAGCUCCCGAAGCCACGUCAUCAAAUGAUUUGUCCGGAGACGCGGAAGGUGUUUGGAGUGUGGAUAUUGAUCAGGCUUUCCAAGAGGCGCUCACAAUUUAUCCGCCGUGCGGAAGACGUAAAAUUAUUAUUAGUGAGGAAGGCAAAAUGUAUGGUGAGUUGGCUUUUUUUGGGGUUUUCUAUGGAUUACUGUAGGGUUCUGGUGGGAUACUGUAGAUAAUCCAUCAAUUGAAGUUUUCAUAAAAUUCUGGAUUAAUGUAGAGCCUUGAAAUCAAGAAUUACUGUGUAUUUUGAUUCAAAAGGUUACUGUAGACUUCUGGCGUCAGGAAUCCAAAAUUUUCUAGGAUUACUGUAGGUCCACGUGGCAUCAAUUUUUUUUCUAAAAAUCUACAUUUCCGAAAUUUUUGCCACGUGGAAUAAAAGUUCGGAAUUUUGAAAAAAUUGUUUCAAAACUACUAUAGCUUACUUUGGGUUACUGUAGAUCUCUAUAAAAUCCACGUGGCAUCAAAUUUUCCAGGAUUACUGUAGGUUAUUAGGUACACGCGUGAUUUUAAAAAUAUGGAAAAUUUUAGCAAGAAAAAUUACUGUGGGUUACUGUAGCUAAAAAUCCACGUGGAAUACAUUUUGAAAAUUUAGAAUUUGAGAUCUAGAAAAUACUGUGGAGUACCGUAUGACCACAAUAAUCCACGUGGAUUUCGAAUUUUCAAAAAAAUUGUUUUAAAACUACUGUCGCUUACUGUAGAUUUCAAAAGGAGCCAAAAAACCACGUGUCUAAUGUAAGGAUUACUGUAGAUUUUCAGAGCCUUAGAGUUUGAAGCAAGACAAAUUUUCAGUCAAAAAUUGUUCUCCAGAUUAAAAUUUUGCCAUUUUUUCCUCUGAAAAUCUGGAAUUUCAUAUAGAAAAUGUGCAUUUUCCAAGAUUUUCUCAAUUUUUCUGAGCUCUCUUUGUCUUCAAAAUCCGAAAUUUGCUUGCCAAUUUCUAAAGUGCACAUUGACCUUGAAUCUCCUAAACAACAUAAAUCUAUAAUUACGCCGUUUUUGUCUUUUUUUUUGGUCACAAGUGACUGUUUUCAUUUUAUUUUCAUUCUUUGCUUCUUUUUUUGCAUCUGCCUUUUCAAACAUCUGCACAAAAAUUUGGAGAAAUUUGGAGAAGUUCGAGGGAUUUUUGACGGGGAAUUUCAUAUGAUACAGUAAUCUUGAUGCCUACAGUAACCCCUAAAAUCUCUCCCGUGUCAAGACCCACAGCAGGUGUCAAAAUAAACACUCGAAAAAUUUUCGGGAGAAUUUUGGGUUUUGAUUUUUGCCGCCCGCCCGCCCGGCCCAAGCAAAAAUAGUAGUAGUUUAUAUAAAUAAAUAAAUAAAUAUUCAUGUAAUUUUAUUAUUAUUAGUUAGGCUUAGGCUUGUGAGUUAGGCUUAAUUUUGGUUGUGUUUAUUUAUUUUAUUUCUGAUGCGGUUGAGUUGAAAAGAAAAAGAAAAGGAACUUUGGAGCGGGGGAAACUGGGGACUUUUUCGAUGAAGCUGAAAAUGUUCUAGACAAUAUACAACUGCAAAAAAUUGAGAUUUUUUUUUCAAUUGCGAAAUUAUUUUUUUAGUCCGAAAUUAUUGAUGCAGCCAAUCGAUGAGCGGGGAAAACUAGAUAAAUUUGAGAUUUUUUUGAAACAGUGAAUUUUUUUUGUUGAAAUUUUUAGAUUUUUAGAGAAAAAUUCGGGGGUUUUGGUGGACAUAUUUUAGAUAAUUCACGAAAAUUUGAUUUUCUCACGGUUGUAUGUUCUUAGAUCAAAACGAGAGUCUAGGAUUACUGUGAUGUACAGUAAUCCGAACUGAAAAUAAAUUUUCUAGAGUUUCUGAAACAACCUUUAUAUGCAUCGCUGAGUUUUUCACGUCCAAAAACUUUAAGAAUUUUUUGAAACAGUGAAUUUUUUUGUUGAAAUGUUUAGAUUUUCAAAGAAAAAUUAGGGGUUUCGGUCAGAUUUUCUACAGUAACCCGAACUGCAAAAAGUCAAGAAAAAAUCUCUAGAGGUUUUAAAACACCAUCAAUAUAUUGCUGAAUUUUUCACCUCCAGAAAAUUUGAGAAUUUUUUGAAACAGUGAAUUUUUUUGUUGAAAUAUUUAAAUUUUCAGAGGAUAAUUAGGGGAUUUUGGUCAGAUUUUCUACAGUAACCCGAACUGCAAAAAUUCAAGAAAAAAUCUCUAGAGUUUGUCAAACAACCUCGCGCUUGUAUCGCUGAAUUUUUCAUUUCCGAAAAAUUGAAAAUAUUUUGAAACAGUGAAUUUUUUCGGCCUGCAAAAAAUACGUUUCAGAAAAUCUGGAAAUAUUUUAGAAAAUCUAGGAAAAUUUGUUUCUCUUACGGUUUUAUGUUUCUAUAUCUAAACUAGAGUCUAGGAUUACUGUACCUCAAAAAGUUCCCAAUUUUCGGUAGAUCAAAACUACAGUAUCAAAAUUUCAAAUUUUCAGGUCGAAACGAGCUAAUCGCACGCUACAUCAAACUGCGUUGCGGCAAAACACGAACCCGAAAACAAGUCUCGUCACAUAUUCAAGUUUUGGCACGAAAAAAGCAGCGAGACGAGCAGACAAAAAAGAAAGAAGGUGGCAACUCAUUCAGUCUGCCAACAUCUCAAGUUAGCCUAAAUCUCAACAAUAAUAAUAACAACAAUAGUACGACGACGAGUCGAAGUAGUUCGAGUUCGAGCAAUGAGAUUUUGAAUGUGGUGGCUGGCGGAAAUGCGGCUGGAAAUAGCUCGGCCCCACAAUUUCACACACCAAAAUUGGAGGAGAAUUCGGCGACUACUGCUUUACAACAUCAUAUUUUGCUGUCUAGUGAGUUUUUUGGAGGACAUUUCAGGCUUUUUGUGGGCCUGGGCUUAAGAAUGGGCCCCAGUGUUCAAAUAUUGUUGCUAAGCUUAUGUUUAGGCUUGAUUAUAGGCCUGGAAGUUAGGCUUGAGCUUAGGCUUAGGCUUGAUUAAUAGGCUUAGGCUAAGAGUUAGGCUUGAGAUUAAAAAAAAAAUAGGCUUUAUUAAAUCUUGAGCUUGAUUCUGGGCUUAGGCUCAAUCUUAGGCCCUAGCCUUAUUUUAUUUAGGCUUGAGUUUUUCAAUAUUAUAUAUAUGUUCAGGGCCUUUUUGGGUCUCAGGCUUAGGAUUAGGCCGAACCUUGGGCCUAAUCAACUUGUCUAAAUUUGAGCUCAAGAAAAAGCCUUAACCCAGAUUUAGAUAGGCCUAAGCUCCCUCUGGGCUCUAGAAUUUUCCUGACUUUUCUAGGCUCAUCAGGCCCAGCCCUUCAGAAUAAGUUAGCGCAGGCCUUUUUUCAGACUCGAGCUCACAAACGUUCUUUAUAGGCUCAUUUGCCACGUGGAAAUUCAAUUUUUUCUUGAAAAAAAAAUUCACUGUUGCAGAAUUUUCAUAAUUUUUGUGGUCGGAUUUGAAUUUCGUUGCAUUUUUUGCUGGACCAUUAAAAGAAAUCCACGUGGCAUCAAAAUUUUACAGUGCACCAAAGACUAAAAAUUAGGUUGUCAGGUCUAGUUCCCCCGAUUUACUUAGCUUAUUGUUAGGCCUGAAAAUUUGCCACGUGGAAUUUGCGUUCUCAAAAUUAAUUUUUUUUGGGAUAAAAAUUCACUGUUUCAAAAAUUUAAAAUAAUUUUUUUGGUCGGAUUUUAAUUUCGUUCUUAUUUUGUUGGUUGGCAUGAUUAAAAAAAUCCACGUGAAAUUUGCGCUCCCAAAAUUAAUUUUUUUUUCGAAAAAAAUUCGCUGUUUCGAAAAUUUCAUAAAUUUUUUUUCAGCCCUCAACAACCCACUUUGGAACACAUUCUCCAAUUCGCAAUUGCCCUUCGGAAUGGACUUAUCGCAACUCGUCGUUGCAAAACCCGAACCAGAGCAGCAACAGCAGCAACAAAAAAUCGAGCCAGAUGUGUUGCCAAUUGCCACGUCAUCACUCAAUUUUCACGGCUUCUCAGCCUAUGUUCAGAAUAAUGAGAGUCAAGAGAGGACGGAGCUGGUGAAGAUUGAGAAUUCGCUGGAGAAAGAGGUAUGUACAAAGACUAGAGUAUAGUUUUAAAUGAAAAUUUAGAAAUUGGAUGUCACGUUUUCCACGUGGCUUUUUUUUCCAGAAAAUUAGAAAUUUUAGCCACGUGGCAAAUGACUACAGUAACCCGAAAAUCCUGUUUUUUUGCAGGCCAUCUCAAUUCAACUUUUCUACGAAAAAUACCCGCAAAAAUUGCGAGAAUUGGUCGAAAAUUCGCCGAAUAAGGAUAUAUUUUUCAUGGCAAAAUGUUGGGCGAAUAUUAAUGUGCCAGAUGAUGUGACGUGAGUUUUUGUCAAAUUUUGGAACCAAAAUCAAGACAUUUUUUUUUGGAAAAAAAUUCACUGUUUCAAAAUUUUCACAAAAUUUCGAAAGAUUUUUCCAAAAAGUUUGGAUAUAAUUUUUUCAACACCUAAAUCAGAACAUUUUUUUUUUGGAAAAAAAUUCACUGUUUCAAAAUUUUCACAAAAUGUUCUACGUGGAAAUAAAUUUUAAUUAAACGUUUUCUUAAAUGUUUGAACUUCUGAAAUUUGCCACGUGGAUGUUUUGGAGUCAAAAUAAAUAUCCACGUGGCUAAAAAUUUGAAUUCAAAACUUUGGACAACAAAUUUUUUUUUGGAAAAAAAUUCACUGUUUCAAAAUUUCCACAAAACAUUUUGUGUGGUAUGAUUAUUGUUAACAACGUACUGUUUCCAUAAUUCCUAUGAAAAUCAACUUUUUCUUUGAAAAUUCAAAUUUCCAACUCAAAUUUCGUUUCAGAAAAUGUCAAUACGCAGUGGAUUCAUUCUAUUCGUCGCGCGAAAAAUUCUGUCUAAAAGUCUCCACAAUGGCGUGUAGUUUUGGGAAUCAAGUUGUCGAAAAAAUCGAAGCUUAUCCGCCGACAGAAGAAGCUGACGGAACUUUUUCAUUUAUUCUCAAUAAUUCGCCAAUGUGCGAUUAUAUGGUGAAAUUUAUUAGUGAGCUGAAAAAAGUGGACACAAUUGAGAUGAUGAAUUCGGUUUUGGAGAAUUUUACGGUUUUGCAGGUGAAUUUUCGGGGGAUUUUUGAUGGGAAAUUUGAAAAUUUUGGAUAUUUUUAGCCCGGGGUACUGUAGUUUAUCUAGAAAAUUCUAAAAAUUCGGUUCUCCGGAGUAAUUUAUUUUCGGUUUUUGCAGUUCGGGUUACUGUAGAUUAGCAAGAGCUUUUUAGUUUCCAAGAAUUUAGUUCGAGUUACUGUAGUUAACCCAGAGCUUUUAGUUUCAAAAUUUUGGAUUUUUGCAGUUUGGGUUACUGUAGAUUAGCUAGAGCUUUUAAUUUUCAAAAAUUUGAAUUUUUGCAGUCUGGGUUACUGUAGUUUUAGAGAAUGUUUUGCAGUUCGGUACUGUAUUUAUCUAGUAAAAUUUCAGUUUCUAAAAAUUUGGAUUGUUGCAGUUUGGGGUACUGUACCUUCCUUAGAACCUUAUGAAGAUUUUCAAAAAAAUUGAAGUUUUGCAGUCUGGGUUACUGUAGAUUAUCUAGAACAUUCUGAAAAUUCAAUUUUUGCAGUUCAGGGUACUGUAGCUCUAGAGAAUGUUUUGCAGUUCGGGUACUGUAUUUAUCUAGUAAAGUUUCAGUUUCCAAAAAUUUGUAAUUUUGCAGUUCGGGGAACUGUAGAUCAUCUAGAAAAUUCUGAAAGUUCUAAAUUCUUGCAGUUCGGAUUAAUGUAGGUCAUCUAGGCUAAUUUGAUUGUAAAUCUACGUGGCAAUCAUUUACAGUAACCCCUUUUGCAGUCCAGAGUACUGUAGCUCAAAAAUUGAUCAUCUACAGUAACCCAAGCCUAAGCUUCUCAAAGACAUUCCAAAAAGUUUCAAGGCAUACUGUAGCCUACUGUACCUCCCAAAUUACUGUAUUUUUUGCAGAUUGUGACAAACAGCGAGACCGACGAAACCCUAAUGGUAAUUUGCUUCAUUUUCGAAGUGUCCAGCGAUUCCGAUCCAAGUUGUUCUGUAUUCCGACUAAUUUUGUGA